UGAAAACUCACGCGGACGACUCCGUUCUCCUCCGAUCCCCAGAACAGCAUGGACACGCUGGCCAAGGAUCUGGAUACAGGCAGGGUGGCAAAGGUAUGUAACGCAACAUCAAUGGUUGUUCCCCUACAUACCCACGUCUGACAAAGGAAAUAGUGAUUGCUAACCUGCAACACCUUGCAGCUACCGGCGGUUAUUAUGAUCAUAGCGCCCAGAUGCACCCCGGAUCUGCUCCCAGCUAUGGCGCUCAUCACUCUACCCACAAUGGAUAUUAUGCUCCUCAACAACCUUCUUCUUAUGCUCCAGUUUACUACCCAGUCAGCCAUGGCAAUGAUCUUGGCCAACACGCCGCGUACGACGGACGCAAGCGUGGCUAUGACGCCUUGAAUGAGUUCUUUGGUGAUGCCAAGCGUCGUCAAAUUGACCCCAGCUCUUACGCUCAAGUUGGCCAACGUUUGAUGGCUCUGCAAGGACUUCCAAUUCACGGUGGUGGCAUCUCCGAGUACAUCCCAGCUGGACCAGCUUUGAUUUCCGUUGAUGGCCAUGGCGGACACCACAGUGCUCACAUGCCUCAACACCAAUACGCACUCCCACUUCCUGCUGUCCGCACCAAGGCAGAUCUCAUGAACAUUGAUCAAUUCCUUGAGCAAAUGCAAUCAACUGUCUAUGAGAACUCCAACGCCGCAGCAGCCGCUGGUAUCCAACAGCCAGGAGCUCACUACACUCACUCCGCUGUCAACUUCCGCCAAUCUCACUCUCCUCCACAAACUGCUCUUCAUGGCCUCGGACACAUGAACUCUCACGUCUCGUCCGCACAUGUGACUGCUCCUAUGAUGGCAACACAUUCAUCACAAUCAACUUCCUCAGGAACACCCGCUCUCACCCCACCUUCUUCCUCAGUCUCCUACACUUCCGGACACUCUCCAGUCUCCUCUCACGGAAUGUCUCCCACAUCUCGCCACUCCUCCACCACUGGCGGAUCCGCAGCCUAUCCCACUCUCCCAGCCGUCUCCCUAGGCUACUCUCCACACGCCCAAACAGCACCAACCAGCACCCUAGGAACCAACUUCGACAGUGAUCCCCGCCGCCGCUACUCUGGCGGCAUGCUCCAACGACAAGCACCCCGCUCCAGCGAGAUGAUGGACACGUCAGACGACUCACCCACCCCCUCGCCCAAGGUAGCCACCACACCCACGCUAUCCCGUGAAGUCACCAACAACAUCGACCCCGCAUUGUCGGGCGUCACUUCACCCACCGGCACCAGCCAAUCUGACAGCGGAGAAAGUGCCCGCGAUCGCGCUGAGGAGCUGUGGAUUGAGAAUAUCCGGGUUGUGGAAGCACUUCGAAAGUACAUCGGAGACCGACUCGAGAGGAAAGAGUAUAUUGAGGAGGAGGAAGACGUCUCGAUGUCGGGAACUGGGGAAGAGAAGCGGGAAGAGAAGAAGGAGGAAGAGAGUCUGUAUCCAGUCUUGAGAGCUGAUGAUGAUUAGAUGUCUGUCUGGGUUGGGAUGGUUGCUUGCUUUGGGUUCAUGUAAAUGUUUGUGUGGUUUUUCGGACUCGUUGGCGUUUCAAUACCUAUGGUUGGUGGUGGCUGGCUGGCUGGUUGGUUUGCUUUGAUGAAUUGGGACAUUCAAAAUGGGUAGAUUGUUUUACCCUUGUAUGAAGUUAUGAAAUACACAAGUAUUCUCUUGAGCACCGUACUUGUACUCCUGCAAAGUGAUGUCUAUUCAUUCUGACUUAUCUAUCUUCUCGUUCUAAUCUCCCCCUGCUCACUCUUGUGACUUGGUAUAACAAUUCCGCCUAACAAAGAUCUUCAAAUCACUC